AUGGCAUCGAAAAGGACGGCAGUUGAAGAGGUUUCAACGAAGGAAAGGCUCUCUAUUCCGUGCUGGAAAAAUGCGUCUUUACCAGCUCAUAUCGGGAAGCGAUCAUUAGAGCAAUAUCACUAUCAGAAGCUCAAUGGCGAAAACGAGUUGCGGCUUUUAUGUGUACGGCAGUCAGCAGAUUCGUGCAGUUUUGAGAUUGUGCACCACACUUUGUCGGAAUUCCUUGAGUAUGAGGCUAUCUCAUAUGUAUGGGGCAAUCCGGAGAGAACUCACACCCUCUUGCUUGCCGGUGAUGUGACGAUUCCCCUCACCAGUUCGUUGUACACAGCUCUGCCCUAUCUUGCCGCUCGGUCGAGGACAGGAUAUCUUUGGAUUGAUCAAAUUUGCAUCAACCAGAAAGACGUCGGGGAGCGCAACGCUGAAGUACCAAAAAUGGGGACUGUUUACAAAAGGGCUACACGUGUAAUUGCAUGGCUAGGUGAAGAUGAUUCGGACACUAGACUUAUACAAGAGAUAAUUCAGACUGCUGGAGAAGUACCGAAGAAGCCUGGAACGUCACAAUAUUACAAACGCCUGGACCCUGAAGUUGUAGAACAUGUUUCAUCCUUAUUUUCUGUACAGCCAGACCAGGAUUUCCAUCUUCAUGCGUUUUCUCACUUUUUGGAUAACCCCUGGUAUCGAUGCACAUGGUGCUUCCAAGAGGCAAUACUUGGUAAAUCUCUAUCUCUCCUGGUUGGAAAAUUCGAAUUGCGAGAUGGCCUCGAGCCGUUAUUCGUCGCCGUUAUUGUACUUAAGUCCAGGUCGGAUAAUGCAGAAGAGUACAGGCAGAUUUGCUUCAACAAGGCCAUACUUCCGUUAGACUCCAUGUUCUUCGAGCGGCGGCGGAUACAUCUCCGUCAACAUCAUACACCAUUUCAUGUGCUACUCUCUGAUAUUGGUGGAUAUUGCGAAGCAACCGACCCUACGGACACUUUAUAUGGCUUUCUCGGCCUUCAAACUAACCCAAAUAUAAUGCUUUAG